GAGAGAGAGACCGCCCCUUUCUGCCCGACUCUUCAUUUUACUACGAGUGAAACAAGACCAGCCGGAGAGAAGAGGUCCAACAGCUGAGCACAUUCUGCUCUUCUGCUUCUUUUGGUUGAGUUUUUAAAGUCCUGGUGGCCAUGGAGAGGCGACGGACGUCCGUUUGGAGGAGAAAGUUCCAGUUUUGGCUCGUCUGGUUGCUGUUUGCUGUUGCUGGAGCGAAAGUGACACCAACCCAGUCCAGCUUCUCACUGACCAUGUCCCCUGUCCACCGGUACUACGCCUGUCCAGAGGGGGCGACUGCCACGCUGGUGUGCAACCAGAAAAAUGCCAACUCACAUUCCGGUCAUGACAUAAAGGACCGCUGGCUCUUCACGCCCCACAUCGACGAGCACUGUAAAAGCGGGGAAACCCCACGCAAUGUCGGCCACAAAGGCCACGGCCAGAACCUAGGAGUGGAGAUGAGCCAUACCAAUGAAAAGAUGUGGGUGAUUCUCAAGAAUGUGACCAUCAAAGACCAGGGCCGCUACUGCUGCGUAGCCCUGGAUGUGAAGGGGAAUCACAACCAUCCGACUGCCCAGCACAUUGCCCACAGCUACGUUGUUCUUCACGUUACACCAAAGAGAAAUGGGUCGGCCGACUGCACAUUCUGGGAUCCCGUACCUCCGCCAGCCUCGGUGCCUGUGGCUUUAGCCUUGGCUGCUUGCAUUCUGGCUCUGCUGUCGCUGCCUCUCAUUCUGGUCCUGGUCUACAAACAGCGAGAGAAUUCACGGUCAAACAGACGUGGACAGGAGCUGGUGCGGAUGGACAGCGAAGCUCAGGGCCACGAGAAUCCAGUGUUUCUGGGCGGAUCCCCGCAGGCAAAGACCCGGACUGUUUCCCAGAUCCUGACCCGGCAGCCCUCUGAGACCAGCCACCACUUACUGUCGGACCCGGGAACGCCCCUCUCUCCUCCCGCACAUGGCGACGUUUUCUUCCCAUCCGAAGACGUUAUCCCCGAGGAUCCAGACUUGGUGCAGAUUUAAAGCCCAUUCCUGCCGCUCUUCUGUUCUUCCCUUCAUUUUAAUACCAAUGCUCUCCUCUUGAGCUCUCUCACAAUAACUGCAUAAACACUUAUUGUUCCUGUCUGGAUUUGUCAUCUGUUCAUUGUCUGGACUGCAGGAGGGAGAAGCGCUGCGUUUUUGACCCACAUACCAUUUCCACCUGCAACAACAUCUGCAGGCCAACGAGUUGCAUCUGAUCUUCAGGCCAAACUCUGACAACAGCUCACAGGCCUGGCUCUGCCGCUGUCUUUCAUUAACUCUUUAAGACGUGUUGAAAGUGGGAGUCUUGCUAUAAGCAGGUGGAGAGUGAUCUACUCAGCUCUUAGAGAAAAAUCAUUUAAGCAGCAAGUUCUUCUGAGCUCAAAUCCCCACAGAGUUCAAAUGCAUCGCCUGAACUCUGCUCUCUGUCAUGUGAACUUUCUACAUGGUCAAAUUUAUGCUGUCAAUCCUCCUGUUGUGAUUGCAUCGGUUUUCUUUUGCUGGUCAUUAGAGAGCUGUCUGAUUAACAGUUUCAUAAAAUGAUGUGUCAUUAGAGUUCAUGUUCGUGUUGUAUACAGGAAUCAGAAGUCAUUCUGACGUUUUGUGUCUCAGAGGCGCCAAGCACAGCAGAAAUACUCAACGUACCAAAGAGUUGGGGCUUCAUGGCUCUACAGCUUUAUGUAGCAAUAGUCUUAUUUUACAAACAAACUCAGAUGAUCAUUUGUCAUCUGAUGUUUGCACCACCAAUCAAUGCAGCGACGAUACCUCAACAGUCGACUUGUGCGAGGUUUAUUGGCCUUGUGGCUUGAGGGUAUGACGUUAACCUUUUAAACAUCAGUCUGUGCCACCAGAUGAACACAAGAUUUAACAUAAAACCAGACCAAGCACUUAAUUCAGACUGGGAGAGGCACCCAGUGGGGGCGUAAUGGAGCCACUGGUGGGCAGAUGAGUCUGGUGCAGGUUGUUCAGGGCAUUCCCCAAUAUCCGUCCCCCAGGGAGCAGAAACUAAAUGAUGGCAGGUUGCAUGAGAUACUUGUUGCUUUACGAUAGAACUGUUUUGUGAAAGAGGUUUUAGGUGUGAUGAGAGCAAAUAUUCUCCAAAAUGUGGCAUUACAUUUCUUUUUGUAUGAUUUCUUCUCUGCAUUUCUUUUGUGCUACCUCAGACUCCGCUUCUGUUCGUCUGAAUAUUUCCCUUCUGUCCUCUACUUUUACAACUGCAUCAUGGCCUGAAACAUACUUGUAUAAUUGAAAAUAGAUUUCAUUUUUUAGGGGAAGAUUUAAUUGUUGUGUCUGUAUAAUUAUGGAGAAAAAAAAUAUUUGUUUUUCUUUAAUGUAGCCUCACAGAUACUACCAAAACAAACAAACAAAAAAAUCUUCCAGGAGUUGAACUCGCUGCCGUUCAGACACUUCCUCUAGAUUUCACUGUGUUUAUGUCCAUCAGGGUAAAGGUUCAAUCCUACUUUUGUGCAAUGAGGUCUGAUAAGCCAAAACUGUUAAAUACUUUGAGCAAAAGGUUUAAAAUGUCUCUUGUAGCAACGGUGAGAUGCUACUGCAUCACUUUGCCCAUGUGUGACUGUGUUAAUUCACUGGUAGUGUUAUUUUUAAUCUGGGGUAAAAUGCAUACAGCGUGUUAAGCGGAAAUCAUCUGAAGAAGAAAAUGUUUAAGAAGUUUACAUGACGGAGUAACAUCUUGUUUUGUUUAGAUGUGAGCCUGCUUACAAGUUUGUGGCUGUAUAUUUGUGUAUAAGGAAUAUAUAAGGAAUAAGGAAGGGAUUAAAGUUUUAAGAAUUGAUUUCUGGUUUCCCUGAAAAAAGUUUUUUGUAUGCUUGAUGACUUUUAUAUUGUACCUGUGUGUUUUUAUACUGUAAAAAGCUUGCAUGAGGGAUGUUUCUUGCUUUUAAACAGCCCUCGUGGUAUUCUGUAUAAUAAAAAUGAAACUCUAAGCAUUCUG